CCAUGAUGAUUGGAGGUAAUGGUAAGUCCCGCAGCUUGAACAGAAAUCUUCAGGUUACGCAMUGCAUUCUCUMACACYUUUCUACAACGUUACACAGACWCCAUUCCACACGGAAUAAUGAUAUGAUACUCGAAGGAUAUCAAAGAGUCUGUUCCUAUUUCGUUUGUCUUCUUUAGCAAUGGUCAAGKUUGCCCCCUGUAGCCGGUGGAGAGUGAGUUUUGUUCGAUUACUCGCGAUUGCAGCCUAUUUGGCAUGGACUGUCCUUGCGUUUCCCAGCGACUACAGAUGGACUAGAACGACCUGCACUGCAACAGGAAUUGCAUCAAUCCCCGCGGCGAGAACAACGACUUCACCCAAGGCAAGGAAACAUGGUGGCUGCGCACGCCGGCUCUUAUUCUUGCAACGGGGUGGCGAAAUCACCGCGAGCGAGCACGCAGCCUCAACGAAGACACCAGGGACACCCUACGAAGAUGAGAUUUCCCGCUAUCUUGCCAGCAAGGGCCAAGUGUCUUUGCUUUUGAAACGUUUUGAAAUCCAGGGAUGGCGAUGGCACACCAAGAGCCUGRUGCGAGAUGCAAGACGACUCCACCGCCUUGCCAUGCGGACAGACCCGAAGAACGCCGACGUCCUCAGGGAUGCGAGCGACUACGUUGUGGGGUUCAAUCUCAUGGGAUUGCACAAGAUCGAAGCCACCCUCUUCUUUCCGUGGAUGCGCGAGAAACUUACCAACAACAGCAUGAACAAGCCUGGGUUGGAGAGAGCCUUCUCGUCCGCGAUGGACGUAUUGGAAGGCGAUCGCAAGACUGUCGCUCGACUCGGCAGGAGCAUUUCGGACAGCGCCCGGACGGCCUGCAACACCGAACUUCCAGAGUCSSUCCGCUCCGCCGCGAUUUCGGAAUUGGCAACGCAGUCGGAAGAAUUGCGCRAKGUUACUCAAAAGAUGAUCUUACUUGAAGACUCCUUUCUGGCCCCCGCUAUUGGAGCGAUGGUCCCAACCAGGGAACARAAAUCCUUCAACAACAAAGUCCUGCGAAAGCUYGGGAUUCUAGAUUCGCGUCUCCAUCUUGUAGGAAUGUACGAAGCAGUAUGGGAAGAUGGAAAGCACAGCGAGAAGGAACUUUUUGAACAAGCGAUACCUGGCAUAUCACGGCAGAUGAUCCCGCGCUGGAAGCGAAAGCUUUAUCAACCGAAGACGUACAUGCUAGAAUGAUCUUACAAAUAGACGAGGUACGUAACAAAAUGCAUCGAAGUUUCGUUCAACUUGUUUGUCGUCUUGUGUUGUGUCGUGUCGUGUCGUUCACACGAGCUCGGCCCGCGCGCGUACCUUUACACAGUUGGUACGCAUGUUUGCGGUGUCACUUGCUUCUCUCGCACUGACUGUCUCUCGAGAUGGAUUUUCUGAGGUAUAAGCGAUAGCAGAAAGCUCUAGAUAACGUGGCGGGGUGUUGUUACGAGCUUGACGGGUUCGUCCUGUCGCUUGUCCACCCAUGUCGAAGCUACAUUCCCAAUCCUUGACGAGCGCCCUGGUGCUAUUACGUGAUGGGAUAUAACCGUAGCCUGUACAUUUUUAUUGAUUUGCGAUGCCUUUGGACUGCUGGGAAAACCGAUUCGUUGUUCAUCGGGUUCCCUCUUGCGUGUCACUCACUCACGAUCAUCUUUUUUUCCUACUUGAACGGUCGGUCCGCAAACAGCCCUUUUAAUWAAAGUUCAACGCAACUUUGCAUCAUAAGAGCACACUUCUUUAUAAGAUAUCUACCUAAUUCUUUUCUUUAAGAUAGUAUCCAUAUUAAAUUGUAAUCAUCUCUUUUUGAGAAAUAUAGAUCAUCGUGUUUG